AUGGCUGAUACGGGCCAAUUAGGAGCGGAAAAGCGUCGGAGGAGGUUUCGUGAUUUAUUCAAGCGAUCGUCUCGAGCAAGCCCUCCAUCAAUUGCUUCGGCUUCUCAGACUCGGGUGCAGCUUUCAAGUUCGCAACUUUUAUCGCCUGUACUGGCCUCUUUACCAUCGUUGGGCUCUGACCCGCCUCAAGUUUCAGCACCUUCUUCUCUUCCGGUUUUAGGAGCGCCAACGGUAUCUCUUUCAGGUCAACAAUCCACUACAUCAUUAAAUCUUUGGGAGGAGGUUUUCGGCAAAGUCAAUAAAGGAACCCAAGAAUGGAUUCAGAAACAGGGACUCAAUUCUCUGGCUUCAGCAGUAGCAAAGCCGGAAGAUCUGAUAAAACAGCUUAGUGAUCUCAUUAAAGAAAAGGAAAAGAUAUUUGAAGAGAAAGAUUCACCAAUGAAGAUCAAGAUUGGCAAUCAAGAGAUAAUUUUCCGAGCGUACAUUGCCGAUGUGAUCGGUUUUCUUACAAUGGCUGGGGACGUCGCCAUCAACUUCGCGCCGCCGCAAGCUAGUGCCCCUUGGGCUGCCGCAAAGGCGGUGCUGAAAGUAAGCGUCAAACAAAUUGAGCAAAUGGCGGCCCUUGCUGGAACAAUUCAGCUGUUCACUCGUAUUAUCCGCCGAGGUCAGGUGUACGAGCUAUUAUACAAUAAGGCAAUAUUGACUAAAGAGGGAGCCUUACGCAAUCUACAUGACGCCCUUAUUGACUUGUAUGUUGCAGCAACAGAGCUGCUGGCCCGGUCAGAUACUUUAAUUGAAAGCGGAAUAGUCAGACAGACAUUGAACACUAUUCUCCGACCAGAGCAAGCCUCGGGUCUCAUCUCAGAUCUACUUAAGAAAGAGCAGAUAUUGUUAUACGAAGUCCAAAGUUGUGAAGCUUUAAGAAAUGAAAAAGCUACAAAACAAAUAGACGAAAAGCUAAACACCUUGUUGGCGAAACUCGAUAAAAUCCCAUCGCCCCUGACACGAAUUGAUGAAGGAGUCGCCAAACUGCUCGAGAAAGUCAAAAGUGAUGAGCUAGAGAAGCUUAUGGACUUUAUCAGCUCUGAACAAUUCGGAAAAGGUCACUCUACAAUUAAGGAUACAAGAAUAAAAAAUACAGGCGAUUGGCUUAUAAACCAUGAAAGCUUUCGGGACUGGCAGGGUAUUGCUUCAUCUUCAACGCUAUUAUGCCUUAAAGGAACUGUUGGUACCGGCAAGACAUAUCUCACAUCGCGUGUCAUUGAUCAUGUUAAACAAACAUUGGAAGCAUCUCCACAUGACGAAGGAUUUGCCUUUUUCUAUUGCACCCGAUCUGGACCGUCAAUGCAAGAUCCCCUUGUCGUCCUCCACAGCUUCGUUCGUCAGCUGUCCUAUAAGUCAAACAACUAUAGCUAUAUUCAAAGCAACGUCAUCCAAAGAUGCGAAAUAGCGAAAAGAGAAGGGAGAAACCUAAGUUAUACGGACUGCAAAGAACUCAUCCUGGAGUCCAUGAAUCUCUAUUCAAAGACGACAAUUAUCCUCGAUGCUUUAGAUGAAUCCGACAUCACAUCGUAUAAUCUAGCAGAAAUUAUUAUUGAUUUAAUGGAUAAAGCCUUAAAGCCAGUCAAGAUAUUUAUAUCAAGUCGCCCAGAUAGAGAAUUCUUGGAGGCAUUCGAAGCCAAGGCUACAAUUACGGUCAAUAGUAGCAACCAGCAAGGCGACAUCGAGAAAUAUCUUGCAGAAGUACUCUAUUCUACUAAAUUCUUUAAGAAGCGAAAAACAGGAAUUCAACAAGUGAUAAAAGAAACGUUUAGUUCGCAAAAUGACGGAAUGUUUCGAUGGGUGUAUCUUCAGACAAAAAGUCUUCAAAAGUGUAUCUCAGAUGAUGCAGUAAGAACGUGGGCCAAGACGAUACCUCGUGAUUUAAUGGCGGCGUACGAUCGGCUCUGGGAUGAUCUAGAAAACCAGCAUAAUGAAAGCGAUAUGGCACUCGCCGUGCGUGCCAUUAAGUGGGUGUUGUGUUCAUUUACACCACUUACAUCAACAAUUCUCUUGGAAGCAAUUAGAUAUGCUCACAAGGGAGAUCGUUUCGUACGAAUUGAGCUGCGGGCUGAACAAGAAAUCUUAUCGCUUUGUCAAGACCUUUUAACAGUUGAUGUAGCGAGAGGAGUAUGGAUGCUACCACAUGCCUCUGUUGCUGAAUAUUUUGAGUCAAAGGGCAUGAUUUUAGGAGAAUGUGACGCAUUUGUUUCUAAAAUUCUGCUCGGAUUUCUUAUGACUCCGAAGCUGGAGUCACCUUAUGAUACAGACGGGGAACCUUAUGAUACAGACGGGGAUUCUGACCUAGAAUCAGUCGUUUCAGAUGCGGAUGUUGGCUUUAAAGUGACCAGGUGGCAUUGGCCUACGAAAUUUAAAUCGGUCGACAUGGAUGCGGAAUUCGGCCUUAACGUGAUCAUUACGCAUGGGUAUAGCCAAUUUAAAUCAGUCGAUACGGCCAGCGUCCCAGAAAUGUUCGAGAGCUAUGUUAUUAGGACGUGGUUUAAACACGUCCAGCGCUACGACAAGUGGUUGGGUUCAUUGGAAGACACAUCUCCUGAAACAGAACUCACGGCUCUUCUCAAGUGCUUCCUUGGUUCGCCGGGAGACAGCAGUGGCUAUUAUAGAAGGUGGGUGUUUCACUUGGUAUUUGGGAAGCUAGAGCCAACCAAUAUGGCUAUUUUGGUGAUGUGUCGAUACGGAUUCUACUACACUUUGCGUGAUUGGUGGGAGAAGGACCAAAUCGACCAAAACUUGGCUCUUACAGAAGGCAAAGGAAGUCUAGAAUACGAGGACGAUGGCUAUUUAUCUUUUAAUCUGCUGGAUCUUGCAGCAAUGGGAGGAUGCAUGCCGAUUUGCAGGUACUUGGUGAGCGUUAUUGGCGUAAUUGGCCACCAAGGAAGAUAUUGCCGAGCGGCGAGCAAAGCGAUAUCAAGAGGCAACAAAACUGCGGCCAAGCUUUUGGUGGAGGCAGCAAACGUCGACUUCAACACGAUGUACAAGGAUACAGACUGGACUUUGACCCAAUUCACGGCAAUGCAUGGUGCUUCUGGUAUGCUGCAGUGGGCUAUGGAUCAAGGCUGGGUCGACGUGAACAGACAAGGCGGCGUCAACUUUGGUAAUGCCCUGAUCGCGGCCUCAAAAGAAGGGACUCCUCAAUCAGUUGAAAUGUUGCUACGAGCUGGAGCUGAUGCAAAUGCCAUUGCGGAAUGCGGCAAGUAUGGGAGCGCUCUCAUUGCAGCAGCAGCUGCUUCUCCUAUGGACCAUUGCGAGAAAAAGAUUGUGACACUUCUUGACAGCGGCGCAGACGUCAACCAAGUCCCAAGUGUUGGGAACUACGGCAGCGCUUUGGAAUCGUGCAUCUGGCGCGUCUUCUACAUGGCUCAAUCAAUUUACAGACCCCGGUACAUGGUCCAAUUUAUCGACGAGAAUCACAACGCACGGAUUGUGGAACUUCUAUUGAAGGCCGGGGCUGAUCCUGCGAUGACCUGCAAUGUCGGCGAACAUGGCAGCGCACUUGCGGCUGCAGCAUUCUUUGGAUUGAAAGACUUCUUGGCGAUGAUGGUCAACGCCGCUGGGAGGGAGCGGGCAAUCGAAUGUCUGCGGCAGAGCAGGCACCCCUCAAAGGUAAGAUUCACGAGACAAAGAAGUAAUCGCCAUAAAAGACGUAGAGCCGAAGCAUGGAGGAGGGAUGUAGCAGAGAUUGCAACAUAUCUUGCUGUUGAGGUGGGCGUGGACAAGGAAACGCUCCGCGGUAUUGGUGUCUAUGGUGUCACAUUUGAGGAAGAUCAUUUCGGGGGCUAUUCUAUCAGGUCCAAUUAG